AUGACAGCUAGAGCUUUCUGGCUCCUCUGUUUGAUCGUUGGAUCAUCUCCCGAAGCCCCAGUGGCGGAGAGAAAAGAUUGUGUGUGUCUUGGCAGCCUUUAUCGGAAUGAAGCCAGUUGUUCAGCUACUGAAAUGAUCUCGAGCGAGCCGGGCAGGCUGGAGAAACUUUGCAUGUUAAGUAGUUGCUCCAUCACAGAGGAGGGAAAGUGUCAAAAGGGGUCGUGGCGCGCCUUUCGGGAGCCGUGCGGGCCGGGCUCGCGGGACGCGGCUGGCGGCGGGCGGCCGGAGGAGCGCGGGGUCCGCCCAGCGCCCGGGUCCCCGUCCCGCCGGCGAUCAGAGGAGCUGGCCCCCGCCGGCCCCGCCCACCCCAACCGGCCGCGCGCCGCCGCACCGCCCCCGGGACCCGCGCCCGCGCCGCCGCCGCCGCGCCUCAGCCCCCAGCGGAGGGAGGAUGCGGAGCUUGGCGCCGAGCCCUGCGCGCGCGCCUGCAGGGCGGACUUAGACGAGCACGAGUCCUACUGCACCAGCGAGUUCGCAGUCAACGGAAUCGUGCAUGAUGUGGACGUCCUCGGCACAGGGAUCCGGCUGGUGACUCUGCUGGUGGACCGGGACGGGCUGUACAAGAUGAACCGCCUGUACAUCACUCCGGACGGGUUUUUCUUCCGAGUCCACAUAUUAGCCCUAGACUCCUCUAGUUGCAAUAAGCCAUGCCCAGAAUUUAAACCUGGCAGCAGGUAUAUUGUGAUGGGCCACAUCUACCAUAAGAGAAGGCAGCUACCUACAGCUCUGCUUCAGGUCCUGAGAGGGCGCCUCCGACCAGGAGAUGGACUUCUCAGGAGCAGCGGCAGCUAUGUGAAAAGAUUUAACCGGAAAAGGGAUGGGCAAGUGCAAGGGGCAAUUCACACCCAGUGCAUUUGAAACAUACAGCCUGGCAUUUCUGGAUCAUAAGAGACUUGGAAUUCAGCAGCAAGACAGGAAAGGCCUAUCAUUAAGUAAUCGGAUUUUCCUUUAGAACAGGGCACACAGCUCCUUUAGGAACUAGUUGCAAACUGCCAACUCUCAUCUUCAAGUUGUCACUUUUUUACAAAAUGCUUCUUAAAUGGUUAUGCUUCUGAGCUCUGUGGUGAAGUUAUUCAACUGGUGUGCCAGUUACUCACACAAGCUCAGAUAACUGACCUGUCCAGUUAACAGAUCACUGCUUCAUGUUGUUUAUUUUUAAUUAUUUUAAUUUAAAUACAUUCUUCAGUAGAAAUAGUUCACAAAAACAUUUCCUUGAUUUUAAAUAUACAAUUUUGAAUAGUUUAUAUAAUGUAUCAAACCAAAUUUUAUACUAAAACCAUCAUAUUUUAAAUUCUGUACAUAACAGUAAGUGCACUAGUCAGACGUAUGAAAUGUCAUUUAGAUCACAUUUAGAUCAAACACUAAAGUUAGAGCCCGAGACAAGUAUUAAAGUUUUACAUUUAGAGUACUGAAGGGCUUAUUCAAGCAAACAAAUGUUUGUUCAAACAAGUGUUCCUGAUGUACCAAAAUAUAAGAUAGUUUACUUUCAUGCCUCCCUGCUUCUAAAAUCCUAUGUUUUGUGCCAUACUGGCAGCUAUCCCAAUACCAAACAUAUUCUGGGUGUAUCUGAUGUCAUUUUUCUAUUAAGACCAAGUAUCAUGUUUGUGUUUGUAAAGCAGUAAAUCUUUCUGUGAAAUCA